AUGGCUAGCCGUCGGACAAUUGAAACAGUUGAUAGGAGCUUCAUAGAUAUACUGGACAUUAAUGAACCUUUUGAUGGAAAAAUAAUGGUUUUCGAAAGUGAUUUUCGUCAAGUACUUCCAGUAAUUCCAAAAUCUACAAGAGCUGAAACAGUAAAUGCAAGUUUGAUAAAAGCAUACUUAUGGCAUCGUAUGGAAAGGAUUAAGUUAACAAGAAAUAUGAGAGCAAGAACAGAUCCAUCUUUCAGUGAAUUCUUACUACAUAUAGAUAAUGGGGAGGAGCCUACAAUAAGAGAUGAUUUGGUACUUCUUCCAAAACAACUGGUUAUUCAAAAUACGAGCAGCAGUACUGCUAUACGUUGCACUCUCAAGAGGAAUAUCAAUGUCAACGACAAAAGUUUUGGUCAUGACAGAGCAGCCAAAGCGAAGAAAAGGAACAUACACCAAAAAUAUCGUCUACAAAGAGAUAUUAG